AUGGGCAUGCUCAGCUGUUGGAGUGGGGGCAAGAUAGCCGUCCAGGGAGAGGUUGUCGGCGGCCGGAUUCUUUCACAGUCACUCGGAGGCGUGAUCGUGAGCGGCCGGAGAAUGGGGGCGCAGCAAAAGAGAAACCAAAGAAAUGAAGAGGAAGGCUUGGGUAACGACGUCAUCCAAAUUCAAAGAAUCCUUCACAAACUCCAAUCUGAAUUCCGACUGAAACAGCUGUGUGAAGUUUCACUAUUCCUCGGUAUUCAGGUGAUUAAAACAAACACUAGCUAUUUUCUUCACCAAGAUCACUAUGCUCGUGACCUACUUACGCUUGCAGGUUUCACUGAUUGCAAACCGUCUGAAACACCUAUCAGGAUGAAACCACGCAAACAACUCGAUGAACAACCCUACUCCGAUCCUACCCACUUCUGGAAACUAGCCGGAUCAUUACAAUAUCUUUCAAUUACUCGACUAGACAUAGCCUUUGCAAAAAAUCACAUUUUCCAGCACAUGCACAAACUGAGAAACCAGGACUAUCAAGAUCUAAAACGACUGCUAUGA